AUGAGAUUGGUUUCCGAAUUUGUGAAACAGAGAAACAAUCAAUCAAUUACAGAGAAGGGAUCUAUAAUCACCACAAUCUCGGAACAUAAUCAAGGUCACGAAGAAAAUAUUGCAAACGAUGUACACCAACCUUCGGAAGACUGUCGAUACGUAAAUGAUUCGCAAACAAAUGAUAGGGGAAAUUUGAAUCAAAGAACGACUAUUUUACAAACAAAUGGCCAAUUGGAAUAUUACCCUGGUAUAUCCACAGAGAGACCUAAACAUCCAGAUUACGGAAUAAAAAGUGUAAGAUUAUCCUCUUUUACAAAUUGGAAUCAAGGAAUAGUUGACCCGACGCAGCUUGCAGAGGCAGGGUUCUUUUACACAGGGGAUCGUGACUGCGUGACAUGUUUCUUUUGUGGAGGUGGAAUGAAAGGCUGGGAAGAAGGAGACAAUCCUUGGAUUGAACACGCAAGAUGGUUUCCAAAUUGUUCAUUUGUGAAACAAUGCAAGGGAGAUAACUUUGUUAAUAUGUGCCGAAUGGCCAACAUCAAUUAUAUGUCAGCCGAUGGACAAAUGGAAAAUUUUGUUUUAUCACCACAAAACAUUGAAAGUAACGAAAAGUACGUAGAUGAUCAACAAGUAGAAGAUUUGAAUAGCACAGCUGCAAAACUUGUAAGGGAUAUGGGUUAUGGGCAAGAAGACUUGGAAAAUGCUAUUAAAUGUGCAAGAGAGAAAUAUGGUUCUUCCGAGUUAAGAGCUCAAUACAUCCUAGAGUCCUUGUUAGACAACAGUUAUAGAGGAAGCAAGAAUAUACCUAGUGGCGCUCAUAACACUGGCCCUACCAACCCUGCACAACAAGAUGGUUAUGCCACAAAUGCUGAUAGUAGCACUGUAAAAAGUUCAGAGCAACAGGCGCUUUUAGAUGAGAAUCUUCAGUUAAAAAAUCAGAUGACAUGCAAAAUUUGUAUGGACAAAGAUGCGUGUGUUGUAUUUUUACCAUGCGGUCACAUGGUUUCUUGUGUGGAAUGUGCGUUCGCUUUAAGGAAAUGUGCAAUAUGUAGAACUUUGAUACAAGGAACAAUACGAACUUACUUGGCAUGAAAAAAUGUUAAUGAUAACAUUGGGAUUUUAAAUUUUAUCCAUUUCAAAAUGUCUGGAAAAAUGAAGAAACAGAAAAAUACAUUCAUCAAUAUUGUUAUGAUGCAGUAUAAUCAUGAUUUUAUUUAUUUAUUUAUUUAUUUAUUUAUUUAUUUAUUUAUUAUCCACUCUUUACGGAAUCAUAUACAUUAAUCUCUAUCGGAUGUUAGUUUUAAUACCAUUAAAGUAUUUUAGUCAUUUCACUGCUUCUCAUAACCUUUUUAUGUCACAAAUAUAAAUGUUAUCGUUAAA